AUGGCGAAAAAAGGAGGAGUUCAGCAGCUCCAGACGGAGAUCAGUACGGAUGAUGAGUUUGAAAAAUUUCUUGAACGUGACGGGUUGCUUGUUAUGGAUGUGUACACGGAAUGGUGCGGACCGUGCGUAGGCAUGAUUGGAAGCUUGAAGAAAAUCAAGCUGGAACUUGGCGGAGACAACUUGCAGCUGGCCAUCUGCAAAUCGGACGAAAUAGGCGCGCUGAAACGGUUCCGCAACAAAAGUGAACCGACGUGGCUGUUUGCUUCGCAUGGCAAGAUCGUGAACCUGAUGUUCGGCACCAACGUACCGAAGCUGAUCAAUCUCAUCACCGAGGAGCUGGAUAUUGAGUUAAAAUGUCGCGCGGGCGAACUUGAACGCUCCUACUACGAACUUUGGGAACUCACGCCCGAAGAGCAGGAGCGGGAAGAUGUGCGCCAAGAGCGGGAAGAAGAGGUGGCCCGUAUCGAGAAGGAAGCAGCCGCCAAGAAGCGGCUCGAUUACAUUACGCACGUGACGGACGAGAUCAUGACCAACAUCCCGGACAUGGGCAUUACGCUCUUUAUGCCGCACGUACACAAGGAUGUGUUCAAGAAGCUGCACGAUCACGCCGAAAAGCAUGAUCUGCACAUGAAAGAGAAGCGAUUGGUCCAUCUAAAUCCAAAAAUGCUGGAAGUGCUCCAUUUCGAGUGCGAAAAUCGCCUUGCGGAUGAUGUUUUUGAGCAGAUCUACUACAAAGACAUUCAGGCGUACGUGUGGAAGCUUACCGAGGGUGAAACACGCUCGCCGGAGGAAGUGAUUGGUGCGUUUGUGAAGAUCAUCACCGAACCGGUCGAGGUGCUGGAUGCGGACGGUAACGUGGAGAAGGUGAUACCUCGCAUGAUCGAACCACUCGAGCUGAUGUACAAUGCGAACGAUGGAACGUGGAAGAUGGUGUCGAAAUUGCCGCCACAAAAGAGCGCUAGUUCGAUCGCGACAACGAACUCGUCCGAAUCGUCCCAGAACGCUUCGAAGGAAACGUUCGAUGAGGAGACUUGUCCACGGCUGAUCAUUCCGGGCGUGUGGACUCCAACGAAUCGACGUGCAAAUGCGGCCUUGUUCUAUCUACUGUUUCGCCAUCUGACGGAGCACUUUCUACCACCGGAUCCGGUUCCGGAACCACCCCACAUAUGCAUGGUGUUUGAUGCGUACAAAAAGCGGGACGUGCUCGAGGUAGCGAUGAACGAGAAGUACAAAACGCAGGUUAUGGCUUUCGGAUACUUUAGCACCGGUGAUCCGAAAACGGCGGAACUGAUUGCCAAAACAACCGAACGCUACAUGACCAAGCGUCCGAACGUUAACGACAAGCUAAUCAUGAAGGUGUCGAAGGCAACGAGCCACGCGAUGCUUGCCCUGACCGCGAUGGGUCCUUGCUACGUUAGCCAAAACGCGGUCGAGGGCCAGGAAGAGUGUGCCGCCCUAUUUCCACCGAACUACAACUUUGUUGAGGAAGAAAAUGAAACCGGUGAGGUGGAGAAGAAAAAGCACAAAAAGAAACGGCGCGGCAAGAAGAGUGACACGUCGGUAUCGUCCGCUGCCGAUUCAGCCGUCUCGACUACACCGUCAGCUGAACCGGGCGCCGACGGGCAGGGAGAGUUGGGUACGAUCGGGGAAGGUUCUACCGGUGAGGAAGGUGAAACGACCUCUUCCUCUCAGAAUUCACCCGAAAAAACGGGUGGCGACCCGGAAGAGGGUGCUGCGUCCUAA